GCUGCCGGCGCCGUCGACGUCGGCGUGGGUGGCGUCAGCGCGGAAGACACGCUGACCCGCGUGCUCAGCCUCAGGCUCCUGCAGGGCGCGCGGCCAGAGCUCAGGUUCGAGGACUCGACGCAGACUGGGCAGGCGCACACGUCCUCCGAGGACUCGUCCAUGUCGCCCAAGAACAACGGCGCGGCCUACGAGGGCGAGUCCGACGCCGACACGAAGGCUGGGGGCGGGGACGGCGAAGCGGACGAGAAGCCGGAGCCCAGCUGGCUGAAGCGCCUGCAGAGGCGGUGGCAGCAGGAGAGCGGCGAGGAGUCGCCCAAGCUGACCGCUCCCGAAGACGCGUCUGCGGCCGAAACGCCUGCCGCCGCGCCCGAGCCGCCGCAGAGGGGGACGCGCAAGCGGAAGAGCCAGCACCCCACGCGCUGCGCCGCCGUCGCCGGCGAGAGGCCGGCCAAACUCUUCGCCUCGGACUCGCUCUCCUCGGAGGACGACUGCCGCCUGUAGUGAAACUCUGCUACUCUGUUCAGAAUAACUUCAGGGCUGACACUUCCGCAGGAGCACGAAUAGGCGCGGAACAGAGAUACCGCAUCGCGCACGAAGCACGUUGCAGUCUCAUGUUUGAUAUAGACUGGUCGAACUCGCGAGCUGGCACCAAUGUGUCGUCAUCGAGCGAGGUGGCGCAGUGGUUAGCACACUGGACUGGUAUUCGGGAGGACGACAGUUCAAACACGCGUCUGGCCAUCCUGAUUUAUGUUUUCCGUGAUUUCCCUAAAUUGC